AUGGAGCCGUCCUUUGUUCCCGAUAGUCUUGACAUCUUUGAAAUUUAUCGACGAUAUUGCGAUAUUAUGUCGGGGUUAUACAAUUUUGGGAGCAAAGGUCAGUUACCAAAUAAGGAGUAUCGUAAUGGUGGACACAUAAGAGAGGCAUUGACACAGCUAUUAACAUUAGUGGAAUCAAGACCACAGGCAAGAUACUCUAUCAUGGAAGAAAUAUACAUACUUAUGAUGAGGUUAGACUUACGGGCAGAUUUUUCAGAGUUUUCGCGUUUUUAUGAUUUUGUUUUCUUCAUUUGUCGAGAAAAUGGUCAAAAGAACAUCACUGUCAGCCGGGCUGUCAUGGCGUGGAGAUUAGUUUUGGCUGGUAGGUUCCGACUUCUCAAUGACUGGUGCAACUUCAUUGAGGAAAAUCAGCGACAUAAUAUAUCUGAGGACACCUGGAGGCAAGUUUUGGCCUUCAGCCGAUGUGUACAAGAUAAUCUUGAAGGUUAUGACCCUGAAGGAGCCUGGCCUAUAUUAAUUGAUGAGUUUGUCGAGCACAUGUACAGAGUGAGGAAUAAUGCUCGAAGUUCAUUUUGCAGCUGCAAUGACAUUGAUGCACAACCGGUUGAGGAUUCUCUGACUGGUCUAGAAAGGCCACCCGGAAUGAAGAGGAAAUCUUAUGCCAAUGUGCAAAAUUAUCUCGAAUCCUCAGAGGAAUACUCUGAUUCUAACGGCAUAAGAAAUUCAAAGAGGGUGAAAAUGGAUUCUAAUGACAUAUCUAUGAAUUGUGACGGGAAUGGCUGUGGAAGUGUGACGGAUGAUUGUAUGGAAAUGACUAAGCAAAGCAACCCAGUUUGUUGUACCAAGUCACCUUGUGCUGUUGAAGGCUGCUUGUCCAAGGGGUUUGCGGGGCUUUUCUCUUUUCGGCCUUGUUUGCAGUAUAGGCGUGACAGGGAAGUAUCCUCAACAUAA